GAUUUCGGCUCUUAAUGCUGACGUAUGCUUGUUGCGCAUUUAUUUAUAAGAUGCUGACAACGUUUGUGAAAGUUUACUCAAGCUUUUUAACGAUUUCUUUCGCAUUUUUGAUGCAAAUUAAUCAUGCAAGUGGUAAAGUAGCCAUUAAGCCAGCAGAUGAUGUAGACGAUCUGACGGAAAAGUUUAACAAUGUAAACCUGGAACGCGUCGACGUACAAGGUCCGCCUUGCUUACUGGAUAUACAAAAAGAUUUUCCGGACGUGAAUGAACCGCAACCAUUAUACCUCGUGCCAGGUACGACUCAGUUCUGGCUACCAAACGAAAGAGGGCUCUUGUCGAUACCACGCGGUGCUACCAUUGAACUCCAUUGUUCAAAGGGAUUCUCCAAUGCAACGAAACAGUAUAAUGAAAGCAAUGGGCUCAAGAUGCUGCAAAAUUCAAGGACAAUAUGUCUACGCUGCUUACAGGAUAAAAUAUUUCUGUGGCAGGGCGAGAAACAUGAGCUGCGGCAAUUCGUUUGUACAGAGCACAUACGCUACAAGGUUGAACGUACGAAUGAGCCAUGCGGCAUGAUGCCGGCGACAGGCAUGACAAACGCAGCAAUGUCAUCAUCAGCUCGAGAAUAUCGCGUUGGUUUUAGUGCAACUCUUAAGGGGCGAUUUCUGGAAACAAUGCGCAUUUGCUAUGAUGAGGCAUUGCUGAGAACAUAUUACGUACAACAUACAUUGUCCCCGGCCAUCCUUCAUAUGCAGAAAUUUGUAAAGCGUUUGAGUUUCAGCAAGGCCGGAUAUUUCGAUGACCUGGACAUUAACUACUUUUACAAGCGAAAAAACCAACAUGAACGGGUGGCAUUGCUGC